AUUAAUUUGCAUAUAAAUGGAUUAAGAAAUCAGACCAAAGCGUUAAAGUAUUCUUAAACGAUAAUCAACUUUCGAUAAGCCUAAUUAUAUGGAAGAGAAAGCGAAAUAACAUUAACAACAUUAGAGUAUUAUAUAAGAUGACCUGCAUGUGUAAAUUGAUAGCAGUGUGAAGAUAAUCACAAUUCCAGAGGUUCAUGAAGUGUAAGCUAUCCAAGAACAAGAUGAAAGUAUAUAAUAAUUAUAAAGUCAAGUUCAUUUUCCUAAGAAAGUCAAUAAUUUAAGCGAAGCAGAACUUAUCAAGUUAGCAUUAAAGUAAAAUGAUUUACUUUAUUACUAGAAAGCCUUAAAUAUGGGAGGAAGACGAAUAAUGACUAUUAUGAUUUAUAUAUUGAAUGCAUAUAUCAUAAAUUAGUUUGCACUAAAUUUUUGAG